UUUGUGUUCCACAUUAAUUUUGCUUAGAUAUUUUUAGAUUUCAGAAGGAUAUACUCACUUCAAAUGAGGAUAAAAGCUAGUGAGUUGGCAAACCGGCUGUGGGAACAGAUUCCGAAAUUAUCGUACUCCAAUAUCACAAAACUAGUUAAAGAGACUCGAAUAUUUCAUGAUGCUGCAAAAAUAGGGAAUGUUGAGCUUCUGACUCUCCUUACUCACUCAUAUCCUGAUCUUAUAUGGGAAGUCAACAAAGAGAAACACUCCAUAUUUCAUAUUGCAGUUAUUAACCGACAAGAAAAAGUGUUCAAUCUCAUCUACCAAAUAGGAGCUAAUAAGGAUUUAAUUACACUCCUUGACGAUAGUAAAAAGAACAACAUUCUGCAUUUGGCCGGGGAAAUAGCACCUCCAAGCAGACUUAAUAUUGUAUCUGGUGCAGCUCUUCAAAUGCAGAGAGAGCUACUAUGGUUUAAGGAGGUGGAGAAGAUUGUAUCACAUCCAUUACUUGAUAUGAAAAACAAAGAUGGCAAAACACCAAGGGAGUUAUUUUCCAAGAAACACAAGCAGUUAAGGAAAGAUGGUGAGAAGUGGAUGAAGGAUACAUCAUCUUCUUGCAUGGUCGUGGCAACUCUAAUUGCCACCGUCGCGUUUGCUGCAGCCUUUACUGUACCAGGUGGCAAUAAUGAAAUACGCACUCCAGUAUUCUUGAAGAACAUAUGGUUCACAGUUUUUGUUAUAUCUGAUUCGGUGGCAAUGUUCAGCUCGGCAACUUCCAUAAUGAUGUUCUUAUCUAUCUUAACUUCACGCUAUACAGAAGAUGAUUUUCUAUUUUCAUUAUCGGCAAAGUUGAUGGUUGGACUGAUUUCACUCUUUGCUUCAAUUGUUUGCCUGGUCUUAACAUUUAGUGCAACCUUCUUUUUGGUCUACAACGAGGAAAAGCAUGGGCAGUUGCCAAGACUUGUUGCUACUCUUGCUUGGCUUCCAAUCACUAUUUAUGCAGUGCUAAAUCAUAAGUUAGGGAUUGCUCUAAUCCACUCGACUUGCUGGCCUGCUGUGCUUAUGUUUCGACGAGGCAAGCACAGGCUCUACUAAUAAAAUGAGCUACUGUACCUUUAUUUUUGUUUUUAUUUUUACGAAAAAAGUGGGUCGUGCUUUCAAGUGCAACACAAGUUGAAAAGGUUUCUAUUUCUUAUUUCCAUGGUUCAAU